AUGAUCGAUAACUGGGUCGGAUAUGUUGUUGUCUGUUUUGUUGGAGUUAUAAUGUACAGAUUCUAUUGGUAUCCAUUAUAUUUAUCACCCACAUGUAAAAUACCCGGACCACCAAUCGAUCAUUUUCUCUUGGGAAAUGUUAUAAGAUUGGUAAAUGAGGAGCCUGCUGAGCCACAGUUUGACUGGGCAAUGAAAUAUGGUGGUAUUGUUUGUUAUCAUGGCAUUGUAAAUAGGCCGAUAAUUUCGGUUACGGAUCCCCAAAUUUUACAAAAAGUCUUAGUUAACAACGCAUAUGACUUUCCAAAACCUUCUUAUAUGAUCACUGAUCUUAAAGCAAUAUUGGGAGAUGGAAUAUUAAUGUCUGAAGGUGGCGCACAUAAACGACAGAGAAAAAUGAUGAAUCCUGCAUUUACAUUUACCAAUAUUAAGGAAAUGGUGCCAACAAUUGUUCGUGUUGUGCACCAGUCAAAAGAAAUAUGGAAGAACCAAAUUGAUGAAGAAGAGAAGCGGCUAAUAAUUUCGUCAUUUUUAUCAAAAGUAACUUUAGACAUUAUUGGAUUGGUUGGAUUUAAAUAUGAAUUCAACAAUAUCACAUCAGAAAAUGAAUUAGCAAAUGCUUAUACACGGAUUUUUCAUCACAAAAGGACAGCCUUGAAUGUGGCAGUUUCAGUAUUAGUACAUUACAUUCCAUGGAUUAGGAAACUUCCAUUACCAAGAAACCGUGAAAUACGCAGAUGUAUUAAGAUUAUCGAAAAAACCUCUUUAAAAUUGGUAAAAGAAAGGCGAGAGUUUUUUAGAGAAGGAAAACCGAUAGGUAAAGACUUGUUAUCAUUACUAGUUAGCAUUAACGAAAAUUUACCUGAAGAGGAAAAAAUGUCUGAUAUGGAAUUAAAGCAACAAAUUAUGACAUUCCUAACGGCGGGACAUGAAACCACAAGCUCUGCGACUUCCUGGUCAUUAUAUUUACUCGCACAAUAUCCUGAGAUUCAAGAUCGUCUUCGUAAAGAAUUAAUUGAAGUAUUUCCUGAUCCCAAUUUUGAGCCGACAUUUGAUGAAAUUAAUUCCUUGGAAUAUUUAGAAUGUGUUAUUAAAGAAUCCAUGAGAAUUAUUCCACCAGUUCCAAUCAUUAUCCGUACACCUGCAAAAGAUGAUAUCUUACAAGAAUACUUGAUUCCAAAGAACACUCCAAUCGUAGUGCCAAUAGCGGCAAUUCAUAAACUUCCUUCAAUCUGGGGGCCAGAUGCCGACAAAUUCGUACCAGAAAGAUGGUUGAUCUCAGAUUUAACCUCAAAAAUUAAUAACUAUACGUAUAUGCCAUUUAUGACUGGUUCUAGAUCUUGUAUAGGAAAUAAACUGGCCCUUAUAGAAUUUAAAAUUUUGUUAGCAGUAUACAUUCGAAAUUUUAAGUUUAAAAUGAUUGAAGGGUUUGAAGUUAGAAAAAGACAGAUGAUCGCUACAAGACCUUAUCCCGCCAUUGAAUUGCUUGUCUCUAAAGUUGAAGUGUAG